UGCUACUGGCUAACCUGCUAACGGAGGGGUCUCCAUCAGAAGGAGGCGGAGAAGACUGCAGGCAGCAGAGAGAGGCAGUCAUAUUGCGAGACUGAACCUUCCCUGGAGCAUCAGGGAGCUCUUCCACACAGGAACCCGUUAUUAGAAAGGCUGUACAAUGUCCGACUUUGACAGCAACCCGUUUGCAGACCCGGACUUCAGCAAUCCCUUUCAGGAUCCUUCGGUGACGCAGGUGACCCAGUCUGCCCCUCCUGGCGGUCUGGAGGAGUAUAACCCCUUCACAGACGCCAGAACGGCGGCCCCUGGAAAUGCCCCCAAAUCUGCUCCUGCCCCUUCCCAGAACACACAACCGGCCAUCAUGAAGCCCACAGAAGAGCCGCCAGCAUACUCACAGCAACAAACUCAGGACCAAGCGCGUGCUCAGGCUGAGUUGUUGAGAAGGCAGGAGGAGUUGGAGAAGAAAGCAGCAGAGCUCGAUCGUCGGGAGAGAGAGCUACAGUCCCACGGAGCUGCAGGGCGUAAGAACAACUGGCCUCCACUGCCAGAGAAGUUCCCCGUUGGCCCAUGUUUCUACCAUGAUAUUGCAGUGGACAUUCCCAUAGAGUUCCAAAAGACCGUCAAGAUCAUGUACAACCUUUGGAUGUUUCAUGCAGGAACACUCUUUGUGAACAUGUUUGGCUGCCUGGCCUGGUUCUGUGUGGAUGCUUCUCGUGGUGUAGAUUUUGGCCUGGCCAUGCUAUGGUUUCUGCUCUUUACCCCGUGUUCUUUCGUCUGCUGGUACAGACCACUUUACGGGGCGUUCAGGAGUGACAGUUCAUUCCGCUUCUUUGUCUUCUUCUUCGUCUAUAUCUGUCAGUUUGGAGUUCACGUCCUACAAACUAUCGGCAUCACCGGCUGGGGAACAUGUGGUUGGAUCGCAGCUUUAACUGGGCUGAACACCAGUAUCCCAGUGGGCAUCAUCAUGCUACUGAUCGCAGCUCUGUUCACCGCACUCUCUGUGGGCUCUCUCAUUAUGUUCAAAAAGGUUCACGCACUGUAUCGUACCACCGGUGCCAGUUUUGAGAAGGCUCAGCAGGAGUUUGCGACCGGGGUGAUGUCCAACAAGACGGUUCAGACUGCAGCUGCCAACGCUGCGGCCAAUGCUGCAACCAACGCUGCUCGUGGGGCCUUCAAACCAUAAACUGACACACAUGAACAUGCUCACAACACACACACAUGCACAUACAGUACAUGCAUAUACAUAUACUCCUAAAAGAUGGAAGUGCACAACUCUGGCCCUGCAGGCUCUCAAAUCAAAUUGAUUCUAUUUAUGAAUGUCGUUCUGCUAAGAUUGCCCUGCACACUUUGCGUAAAAAGUGCAAAGAGUCAGAGACCAGAAAUAACUGAGAAAUUAGUCAGAUAAAGUGACCAGAGUUGUCCGCCUUCACUUUAAGUUUCAGUAAACACUCUCCUACAUCCUUCCUGUCUGCUUCUCAGUCAGAUGACUGUCUGCUCACAUCCCUUGAAACAUCCACUAAGUGACUCGAGGUGUGCUCUGAGUGUGUGGGAUUUCAUCUCACUCCUCCGCUUUCCCCUGUUCUUCUGUCAUCCUGAGGUCAGCCAGAGGUCGCAGUUCUAGCAUACCUUAUUUUUCUCAUGGUGAUGGCCUCCAAACAGCUACCUGCCUGGUUAAUACAGUAUAAAGUCAUGAAAAAGUGAUAAUCUGAUCAUGGUGUUUUUUGCACAUAGUUCUGUUUUCUUGGUCACAUACUGGAAGUACAGUGUAUGUCUGAAUGGCUGGGCCUGUGUGUGGAUGUGUACUUCAUGUUAAGAAAAUAGUGGCUCUGGCUUUUUUUCCCCCUUUUUUUAUAAUCCAGUGCUUGGUCAUGGAGAUCUGAAAGGUAAACUGUACCUCGUCCUAUAUCUGUGCUUCUAUUCUGAGACUCUUGACUAAUCCUGGUAGUCCCUAUAAAUAGAAAUAUGUCAGUAUGUUCAUAUUUAAGGACCUGCCCACAGCCCCCAGCAGUGCUCCAGUGACACCUGUCAGUUGAACAGUUAUUCCUGCUUUGUGUGCUACUUUGAUUGGCAGAAGUGGGCUGGGUCAGCAUCUCUGUGGCUUACUAAGAUCUGACAGCAUGAUAACGACAUGCAUGUUUAGCACACUCCAGGUAUCUUUUUUUUUUAUUUUGGCAAAGUCAUUCUGUCCACUUCUCUCUGGCUACAGACCAGUUUCUGGGGGGGAAUGUCUGCCUUUGGUUUGGAGAAGUGAGCUGUAAAGUUUUUGCAUGUUUGACUGAUUGAUGGUGUUUGGAUCUAUUUGUGAAGACACACUGAACGCCCAGGUCACCAGCUCUCACCACAAAGGUUCAGAUGCUUUCAUGGCCUAAUGAGAAAAAAUGUGUGAGUUAUUGACAUUUUCAUUUCUGUAUGUAUGGCAUUAACAGACUACAAUGUGGCCGCCCCUCAGAUGUUUUUGUAAUCUCGCUCAUUUGGUUCAAAUCUAACGCUGCUAUGAAUCUGAGAGCCAGUUGUUCGUGGCCUCCGGCUGUCAUGUUUCUUGUCACAUUCAUAGAGAGUACUGAGAGAAGCGACCUGCCUUGGACAGUGAUAAAACUAUGAUUUAUCUUGAGAUUAACCUGCAUACAGAAAAUAGUAAAAACAUUGAUACUGUGUAUAUGUACACUUCAUAGACUAACAGUCCGUUUGCAUUUUUACAGACAAAAAAAGUCAGUCCAGUGACUUUUCCUCUGUCAGUAUCGGAUUAAGACAACAGAGGAUUGGACUUGAUGCACAUUCAGUGAUAUCACUAAGAUACAUUAAUUUAUAUAUGAUAAUAACAGUGUUAUUCAGUACUAAGUUGUACAGACUACUGUCACUGGAGUGAAAUAUGGAUGUGGGUUACAUUUGUGUCAUGCUUUAGCACCUCUCAUAGUGGUGGUGAGUGUCUGACGAUGUGCACAAUGGAUGACUGACGACUGGUACUGCUGUUAUUUUAAAUGUAUGGACUGAACAUGGCAGACAGAGAACUCCAGUGAGAAGUUGAAGGUCAAUAAUUUGUCACAAAUUAAUCAGCCUGCAUCUUGGCAGUUUUGUUUUUGUUUGGAAGUAUUUUGUUCUAAAUUCAUUGCACACUUCCUGUAUUACAUUGAACUUAGCGCAAAAGACAAACAUGUUUUUAUUUAUGGUGUAAUUUAAGUUUUUGGUUUGAUUUCAUAUUGUGUUACGUUUGUGUGGUUUUUUUUGUAAUGACAUGAUCAUAGCAUCAGCUAGAUUAAAAAAAAAUGUGUUUAAUGACUUUGCAACUUGACCGUGCAAGAGGUGUGCGUGUGUGGAUGAGGAUGCGUGCAUGAUUGGUAUGAAAGGAAGGAAAAAAGAUAUCUCCCUCAAGUGUUAUUCUAUGUCCUGAAAAGCUGUGAGAAAUCUACCAAAUGUCCAUAUAGAUUUGUUUUUAAAUCUCAAGUUUGUGACGUGUUCCCUUGCCAUGUUUUACCAUAAGAUAUUACGCCACUUUUCUUUGCUACAGACGCCCACAUGAUUCACAUCAUCCAGUUUGAAACAGCUGUUAUAUGAAGCCAUGCUGCAGUUGGUGAUCUCUUGAUGUAUUUGACGAGCUGGUCUGCAGUACAGAGCGACGUGUCUGUAGUUUGCUGACACAAAACUGUGUUUUUGACCUGUGACCAUGUUAUUUCACUGAAUCAGAGAAGAAACUCAUUCAAAAGGGACACUUGUAUAUUUUGUAAAGUUGAAAAUUUGAUCCCCAUUAUCAAUCACAUGUAAAAAGAAAACAUAAUGCACUCCUGUCUGGCCUUUGUUGCAUGUGAAAUAGUUUGAGUUUUGUAUAUUUAUGGUAUUAACAUGAAAUAAAAUUUGAAAGAAACAUU